CCAGUUCGCAAUUCGCGUGUCUACCUCAAUCUUGAAUUGUUUGGUAUCUCAGAAACUUCGUCACAUAGUCAUCAACCAUUAAUUGUUAAUCGUGUUUAAUCUUUAAACAUUUGUCAGCUGUGUGAAAUGAUUUAUCAUUUAUUUACGUUCAUUUUUAUCUUUAGAAUGUUUGAAAUACCGAGUUUGGUGGGAAUGAUUCGAAAUUAAAAACCAAAAAUAUUCUUCCAUUCACAAUACCGGACAUAGUAGGAACAUUAAAAUUGGUUGAAUACUUUGUAGUUUGACUCACGUUUUCUCUUAUAGAUUUGGCAAGACCUUUGCAUGCAACCAGCCGAGGAAAAAGGACACAUAACAAAGACAGAAAGAACAUUAUUGAUGCUGGCAAGAAAAGCAGAGUAGAUCUUGAAGCAGACGAUAAAAAGAGUUGUUGUUUGAAUGGCGGUAUAUGCAUUAUGAACACAUUCUGUCACUGCAAACGAAAUUUCUAUGGCCGUUUCUGUGAGCACCGUGUACGUCAUCGCUCGUGCGGAAGUAUUCGUCACGGAACGUGGAUGGCUUCCGGUUGUCACCUUUGUCAUUGCUUCGACGGUAGAAUGACUUGUAAAGUCACCACAAUUCAUGGAUGCAAAAAAUUAUCAUAUGUCGAAGGUUACGAUAAAAAUGCAGACUAUAUGGUUGGAAUGGACAAGAAGGCUGAAGAUUACGAUAAAUUCUACGACGACUUUGACUACGUACCGGAUACGGAAGUGACGUCUGGAACCACUAGCUUUAGAGUUCCGGUAUGGCAGCUAACGAUGGUGACUAUUUAUUUCACCGUCUACAAAAGUGUCGGCUCAUGAACGUAUAUUGUCUGAUACGCGGAAGAUAAAUCAAACACAACCGUUUUCCAAAGGAAUGGUUCGGAGCGAAACCAGAAACAGACUGCGCAAGUAACUCCGCAUACCAAGAGAACGCUGGUCAACACAUUCUUACUACGAAAACGAAAGAAACAUAUGUGUCGUUCUUACAUUAAAUACAAUAUAUAUGUGAGAGUGAGACACAACAUACGACGGCGUAAGUUCAAGAUGACGGCAUUAGUUCAAGAUGACGGCAUUAGUUCAAGAUGACGAGAGGAGGGAAACUGACAUUCAUGAAGACGAAAUGAUUAGUUUCUGUUGUGUAAUAACAACUGUUUUGGAUUUAAUAAUAUUUGUAUAUGAAAUUUUAAUAGGCUAUACACUUGUAAAAUGUAAUUUAUUCAUCUACAUGAUUAGCCCGUUACUCCAACGUUAUAGAAUCAGAACCAUUAAUAAUUGUACC